AUGGCGAAAAGUUCGAUUGUUUCUUCGGUACUUUUAGUUUUAGAGUUAUUGUUUGUAGUUUCUUAUGCACAAAACGUAAAAAUUUGCAAAACGCCCCGUAACCAAGAAGGUGAGUGUAAGUUGAUAACGAAAUGCCAAAGCCUAUUUUCUAUAUUACAAAACAGGCCGAUUACUUCGGAGGGCGCGGAUUUCCUCAGGCAAUCUCAUUGCGGAUUCGAGGGCUCCUUGCCCAAGGUCUGUUGCCCUUUGAAAACCGACGUCGGCACCACUCAAGCACCCACUGUCGAUUACGGAACUGCCAGGCCUGCUGAUAGUUCUCUUUUACCAUCCACAGAAGAUUGUGGAAUAGGAAGCACUGCUGAUAGAAUAUACGGUGGAAAUGCCACUGAUCUGGACGAAUUCCCCUGGAUGGCUCUCAUCGAAUACGAAAGAGAACGCGGUCGCAGCGGAUUUUACUGUGGAGGCGUUUUGAUAAAUAAACGAUACAUUUUGACUGCAGCUCAUUGCGUGAAAGGGAAAGAUUUGCCGAGAUCCUGGAAACUUUCGAGCGUACGAUUGGGAGAAUACAACACGGAAACCGAUUCCGACUGCGUAUCAUUGCAAAACGGCAAGCAAAGAUGCGCUCCUCCACCUGUUAAUGUGCUGGUCGAAGAGGCAAUUGCACAUGAGCAGUACAAUCCGUACGAUGUUAACCAGUACAAUGAUAUUGCUCUUCUCAGGCUGGCUAGGGAAGUUAAAUACACCGGAUUCGUUCGACCGAUUUGUCUACCCAAAACCAGCUUAGACCAAAGCAGAGAUUAUACCGGCACCAAAUUAACUGUAUCCGGUUGGGGAAAAACCGAAAAAAGAUCCGAAAGUAACAUCAAAUUAAAACUGGACGUGCCUGUUAAAACGAAUUCGGAUUGCUCGAGAACCUACCGUCAGGCCGGCGUGACCGUUAAUAAUGGUCAGUUGUGCGCAGGUGGUGAAAAGGGCAAGGAUUCUUGCAGAGGAGACAGCGGAGGACCCCUCAUGAAAUUGUCCCCCGAUGCGGAGUAUCAGCUGAAUUGGUUCGUGAUCGGUGUGGUAUCGUUCGGGCCUUCACCUUGCGGUAUGGAAGGCUGGCCUGGAGUCUACACGAAAGUAGCCAAUUAUGUACCUUGGAUUGUGUCGAAGUUGAGGCCUUAA